CGUCAACAAUCUGAGAGUGAAGAUGAAUUAAUUCUAUGACACGAGACACUCUUCCUCAUGGAAUCACCAAUGCCACUGUGACUGCUCCGUCUAUUGUUUGAUCUCCUCCUUCUCGUCGUUCCUGCUUCUCCAACAUGUUGACGGCAUCGCAACCACUCGGCGGCUUCACCACGUCACUUCCCUCCUCUCGCUCCAUCUCCAGACGGCCAGCCAGCAAAGAUGGAGGCAAGCCAGCAAUAUGGGUGCCCAUGCUGAACAGUGCCUCGAAAGGCAAAGACCUCACAGAAAAACAACUUCUCGUCCUAGGUGGAACAUCAGAUCAACAACGCGAAUUCCUCGAACAGCUCAAUCCCCCAAGCCUUCGUCCUCGAUACGCCAACAACGACAGACGACGCCAACCCAGAACAGUACCCAUAUCGAAUCGGUAUGCCUUAGGCUAUACAUAUCACGACGUGCUGGAUGCAGACCAAGAGGACGUUCUAGCCCGCCUGAACAUCUACACAUUGGCGAAUUCGAGCGCCAAUUUCGCAGCACUCCUAAAGCCACUUUUUACGCCGAAGACGGUCAAAGAUACAUUAAUAACAAUACUACUGGACUGGCAAGAUCCCUUCAAAUGGGCAAGACAAUUGCGGCAAUGGGUUCGGCUGCUGCGGUCAGUAAUAUUGAGCCUGGACGAGCAGACCAAGAUAGAAAUGGAAGAGGUCAUGACGGCAUGGAAGGAGAAAAGAGUAGGACCUGAUGCACCUUCUGCACAGCCUGGCGGGAACGCAACAGCUGAACAAAAGUCGUUAGCCGCUGCAGUUCCUCUGGGACCGGGUGAAUGGGACGAAGGGCUAGGAAUACCCCUUUCUGUUGUCUGCGUACAGGCGGAGAAGAUUGAAAGUCUCGAGCGAGACAAUGGCUGGGGAGAAGACCAAUUCGACUUCCUGAUGCAGUGGUUGAGAUGCGUCCUGCUCAAACAUGGUGCCUCGCUGGUGUACACGGCAACGUUCGAUCCGAACCACGUACGGACGCUGAUACACUCAAGUCUGAGCAUACAUUCUCUACUGAAACGGGAAGUCGCCAAACACAAUAUCGUUGACCGAGACAAAAUCUUGGUGCCGCCGAAUUGGGACUCUUGGGGCAAGAUACGGAUACUGAAGGAGGGUUUCGACCCGGAAGCAGUAGGGAAUGCGUGGUCCGUGGAGAUUCAACAUCCGCCGGAACAGACGCUGGACUUCUCAACAUCGAAAACGCAGCCGGGCCUGCCGUCCCAGAAUGGUGAACAAGAGUCUGAAUCAGCAGUCCGGGUCUAUGAAGCUACGCUCCGCAACCCUGCAGACUCGCGACCAGCAUUCCAACCGCGAACGCAUGACGAGACUGUCCAAGUCCCCUCCGUUCAGGAAUUCUUGCAAGUCCAGUACGAAAACCUAGAGAAACUCAAGGCGGAAGACGAAAAGGCGGAGAGAAAAUCCCGCAAAGGUGCUCCCGCUGCCACCGGUGCUGCGGGCAUGCUCGACGGUGGUGACGAUUCAAUCAAAGGUGUAUCCAACCCCAGAAUGGCAGAACACAUUGGCCCGUACCAGAUCAACGUGAAUGGUAUCGAUUUUGACGCCGAAGAGGCAACAAGACGGCUGCGCGAGCGUGAACAUGAGCGGACUACAGCGACAGUGGAUCGGAGUCGCGCUAACCCUGUCGCGGGCACAGGAAGUAGCACCCCUAUGCGUCGCCAGGGUAGUGAGGCUGGACCAUCAGCGGAAGGCACACAAACGCCGUCCUCAUCCGCGGCUGUCGGUGGGGCCUACGGCAAGCAGAGUAAUGAGGCAACGAGGGAGUUUUUUGCCAACCUUAUCAAGAAGGAUAAGAAGGGUGGUAUGAGUGCGGCAGCUAGUCCGACGAGGGCGCCGGGCAGUGCGAGUCCGGCUGUGAGAGGGGCUCCUGGGGCUGGAGGAGAGGAGAAGAGGAGGGAGUCCUGACUUGCCCGUGCCCACUUGUCAAGACAAAGGAGCCUAGGUUUCGACAAGGCGACGUUGCUCUCGAGCUUUUUGAGCGUUCAAGCCGUCUGCAUGUUUUUUGUUCGAAGCAGGGUUACGGGGAAGGAUCGGGCACGACAGUGCGAUGCUUUGCAUGGUGUAUUAACGUUGGUACGGUCUUGCAAGACCUAAAUCCCUAGGAUACCAAUGACAGAGUGUGAACCAGGAAAAUGUCAGACUGCGUUGGUCCUUGCGACUGGUGAAAUCCUGCUCGAGAUACACGGCAUCAUACGGCAACCUCAAAUAGGUACAUCCUCUGCCGUCAAUCUAUUGCCUACAUCGAGGUUUAGGAAACCUUCAUUCAACCUUGAAACUGUCUAUUUCUAUUGUCCGCCAACUCAAGUCCCG